CGUCUUCAUUCAUGAGCAAACUGAGAGGUGGAUCGCGCGCUGCCGUUUCAUUUCCCUGACACACUCACUAUUACUGUGGACAAUGCUGCGAGUAAGGUGUCUGAGAGGAGGUAGCAGGGGGGCCGAGGCUGCCCAUCUGAUCGGAGCCAUGCUUGGCCGGGCGGUGACUGGAUGGGUGCAGAGGGCUUUUCAGAGCACUUCAAGUGCAGGAGCUGCACAGAUGCAGCAUGUGGUUGAAGUGGAACAUGUUACUGAGCCUGUGCUGCAGGAAUGUCCUGUCUGCAGCUACAAUGAAUGGGACCCUCUCGAGGAAGUGAUUGUGGGUCGUGCUGAAAAUGCCCAAGUGCCUCCCUUCACCGUGGAAGUGAAAGCUAACACAUAUGAGAAGUACUGGCCAUUCUACCAGAAGCAUGGCGGCCAGUCUUUUCCUGCGGACCACUUGAACAAAGCUGUUGCUGAGAUUGAAGAAAUGUGCAAUAUCCUGCGUCAUGAGGGCGUCAAUGUGAGGAGGCCGGAACCCAUCAACUGGUCCCUGGAAUACAAAACUCCAGAUUUCACAUCCUCAGGUAUGUAUGCUGCCAUGCCCAGAGACAUCCUUAUGGUUGUGGGAAAUGAGAUUAUUGAGGCUCCUAUGGCCUGGAGAGCUCGCUUCUUUGAAUACCGGGCCUACAGACCUUUGAUCAAGGAAUACUUCAGUAAAGGUGCUAAAUGGACCACUGCUCCCAAACCCACUAUGGCUGAUGAGCUGUACGAUCAGGACUACCCCAUCCGCACAGUGGAGGACAGACACAAGCUGGCCGCCGAGGGGAAGUUUGUGACCACGGAGCACGAGCCCUGCUUCGAUGCUGCUGAUUUCAUUCGAGCUGGGCGGGACCUUUUCGUACAGAGGAGUCAGGUUACAAAUUACAUGGGAAUUGAAUGGAUGCGUCGUCAUCUAGCCCCAGACUACAAGAUCCACAUCAUCUCUUUCAAGGAUCCUAACCCCAUGCACAUUGAUGCCACUUUUAACAUCAUCGGGCCAGGACUGGUGCUGUCAAACCCUGAUCGCCCGUGUCGCCAGGUUGACAUGUUCAAGAAGGCCGGCUGGACAAUUGUGAAACCUCCAACACCUCUCAUCCCUGAUGACCACCCGCUGUGGAUGUCCUCCAAAUGGUUGUCCAUGAAUGUCCUGAUGUUGGAUGAAAAGCGUGUUAUGGUUGACGCCAACGAAUCCACCAUUCACAAAAUGUUCGAGAACCUCGGUAUCAAGACCGUAAAGGUGAACAUUCGCCAUGCCAACUCCCUGGGUGGCGGCUUCCACUGCUGGACAACUGAUGUCCGCCGCCGUGGUACCCUGCAGUCCUACUUCCACUAGCCACGCCAGAAAUAGGCAGUUCUUAUUGAGCUUUGAAGAUUAAAGCCUCAGUCCGGAUUCUUAAUUUUACUGUAACUGUCGAAUGUAUUGUUAGUCAAUCAUGUAUGUACACAGUUUAAUGAAGGGAAGAGUUAUCUUCAAAACUGUGUAAGUUUUAAAUUUGCAUGUUUGGGUGUCACCUGCUGCAACUCAAAGUCAAAUCAAUGGACAGUGUAAUCUUCAAACGUGUAUCAAACAAACUAAUAAUGGGGCAAUCUUAUAACGACAGGUGGCACCAAAGUCCUUUUCCGGACUGGGUCUUAAUGUCCUAAUGAACAUGUAUGAAUUGUUUUGAUUUGACAUUGCUGUGCAUCACAAUGCCUUUGCAAACAGCUUUGUUCAGAAAUAUAUACAGCAUAUAUACAGUACAUAUACAUAUGCUCAAUAGUAACAAAUGAACAUCACUUUAUUUCAGUCAGUAAUCUCAAUAUUAACUGCAUUUCUGGCCUGGCUAUUGUGAAGCUGACAUGUUUAUGACAUGUACAUCUGAAAAGUCAUAACUUCGAGGACAAGGUACAAUUUGGUAUGUGAAUGUCAUCAAACUAGGGCACAGGGGGAGAAACGCUUCCUCCUCAUGAAAACUUGGACACCACAAUUCUGUCUUUUUCCAAAGUAUUUUUUUAUUUAAAGAAAUGUAUAAAAGUUGUUACAUAGGUCAUUAAACAAUAUUAAUUUCUUAUUGCUAGUAUAUUAUUUUGUAAAGAUUUUAAUUGAACAGACAAAGUUCCACUUAUAUUUUCAUACUCUUUAUUGGAUUUCCCGCAAAUUAGUGUUUUUAUAUAUUUACUAAAAAAAAAAAAAAGUAUGCGGUCCAUAUCAGAUAUUGUAUACCUUUUGCCUCUGCUGUUUUCUAUUGCAAAUCUGGGCCAGUUAUAUGCUACUAGUCAUUCUUACUCAACUGCUUAGCUGCUUUUGUGUGCAAAGCAAAUAUGCCAAAAGAAUGAAAGACAUUUUGUUGUGAAGAUUAAUGUUGUAUGGUUCCUUCGCUGCAUAUACAGUUGGACGUAGAUGUUUACCUUUUGAAGUCUGCCUUGAUAUUUAUUUUGAAACAAUGAAUUCAAGGGAAGUUGUGGAUCAGCAGAAGAAUGCAAGUGAUGUUUUGUAUUAUGCAACAUUAUUAAAUGUAAUUUUAAAAAAAGA